AUGUUCUCCAAAGCUAUCCUCGCGACGGCUUUCGUCUCUGCCGUCUCAGCCCACCAGAACUGGCACCAACUCUGGAUUAACGAUGUCACUCCUGGCUACCAAGCCGGUAUCCGCAUGCCACCUUCCAACAGCCCCGUCGAAGACAUAACAUCAAACGACAUGGCCUGCAACGUCGACGGCUCCAAAGUUCCCUCGGGCGUUGACACCAUCCCGGCCAACGAGGGGGACACUAUCAAGGUCCAAUGGGACCAGUCUGGCCAUCCUGGCCCAAUCACUCACUUCCUCUUCGGCCCUGUCGACGAUGCAUCCCAGGAGACUGGUAUUGGAGCCGGUUGGUUCAAGAUCGACGAGCUCAACAACGUCGAUGGGAAAUGGGCGAACGAAAUCAUGGGUGCAAAGAACAUGACCCAUGAAUUCACUCUGCCCACCGGUCUUCCCAGCGGAGAGUAUCUCCUUCGCUCUGAGAUGUUGGCCCUCCACGCUGCGCAGACAGUCGGCGGUGCCCAGUUCUACAUUGGCUGCGCCCAACUCAAAAUCACAGGCUCCGGCUCCGGCUCCUGCGGACCCACAAUCUCCAUCCCAGGCGCCUACAAAGCCGAGGAUCCUAAUGUUUACAUCCCCAAUGUCUACAACGGCUUCGACGCAUCCACCUACUCUGCCCCCGGUGGCCCCAUCGCUACCUGCGGCGGAGCAGGCGGUGCUGCGCCCUCAAAGCCUAGCGCCACUCCUGUCCCUGCGCCCCUGAACUCCACAAUCGCUGGUCCCACUGCCGUUGCACCAGUUGAGACACCCAUCGCCGCUGCCUCUUCUGUUGUUGCUGUUGCUGAGACUAGCAUUGUGAUCCCUCUUUCUACCCGUGCGCCCGCGCCUACAGCUGGUAACUAUACCAUUCCCACCGUUGCGCCCGGUGUCCCGUCUACCUUUGCCACCCUUGUUAGCCCUACGCCUGAUGCCCCGGUCGUGGCGCCUACUGGUGGCAGCGCAGCGCCUACGGGUGUGACGGGCGCGGCUAAGAUGUACUACCAGUGUGGAGGCAUUGGUUUCAAGGGCCCGACUGUGUGUGAGGGCACGCUCAAGUGUGUGAAGAUGAAUGACUACUACUCGCAGUGCCUUGCUUAG